UUUUUGAGCUAACGAAUUAUGAAAUGUACAUUAAUUAAUUUUGCAUUUAUUUAUUAAGAAUCAUUGCCGCUGUGAUCAAGUAUUCUUCAAAAUAACUUCUUGUAUACUAAUUAAGAAUGGAAAAAGCAAAAAAGGUUGUACGCAAAAGAAAACUUGCUAAUAAUGAAGAAAGUGAUAAUGUUAAAAAAAUACCAAAUAAGAAGACUAAGACCCUGAAAGAGCAGACAGCAAUAGAAGAAUAUAAUAAUGUAGAUGUUGAAGAUGACAAAACCAUAAAAAGUUUAGAUAACGUGUGGAAUGAAGCUGAAAUGCUCUCUUGUAAAGAAAAACUGCCCAAACUGUUAGCAGAAAGAUUUAUUAAAUUAUUAACUGAGGGCUGUACUUUACCAUUCAUUGCAAGAUACCGCAAAGAAGCUAUAGGGCAUCUCCUACCUGACAGACUACAAGAAAUAUUCGAUAGUUAUCAAUGUAUUAAUCACUUUAAAAAGAAAGUUAAGUCUGUACUAGAAACUUUAAAAAAGUGCAAAAAACUAACACCUGAAGUUGAGAAGAGCAUAUUAAAUGCAAGGAAUUUAUCAGAGCUUGAUUUAGUGUACUCACCUCUCAAAUCACAUUCAUUGUCACUUGCUGAAAGAGCUAGGAACCUCGGUAUUGAGCCAUAUGCAAUCAAAGCAUUGAAUGGUGAAUACAUUGAUUUACAAUUAUUAUGCAAUGGGAGUGAUGAAUUGUCUACUGUUGAUAAAGUGGAAACUCACAUUACUCAUAUUAUUGCUGAUAUUAUAUAUAAGGAUACAAGAGUUCUAGAGGAAAUGAGGAAAUUAAAAGAAGAAACAAAAUUUACAUUACAAAGCAGCAGAACAAAAAGUUCUACAAAGGAUACAAAGAAAGAUGCAAACAAAAAAUAUGAUACUAAAUCAGAUCCAGACACCUAUAAGUUAUAUUUUGAAUGGAAGUGUCCUGUACAAUUUGUGAAGAGUUAUCAAACAUUGGCUAUUAACAGAGGAGAAGAUGAAAAGAUAUUGUCGGUUAAAGUUAUUGUACCAGAUUGGUUUUAUAAUAAAUUAGAAAGGUUUUGUUUACCACUAUGGGGUAGCAGCCAUUGGGUCCGCAAAGGACUCCAAGAUGCAUACAAUCGUCUGAUAAAGUCUUGGCUGUCGAGACAAGUACGGUCAGACCUGACCACAGCUGCUGAAAAGGAGGCUAUUAAAACCUUCACAAACAAUUUGGAGAAAUAUUUAUUAACAGAACCUAUUAAAAAUAGGAGAAUAGCUGGCCUAGAUCCUGGAUUUAAAGCUGGGUGUAAGGUCGGUAUUAUAGAUAUAAAUGGCGCGAUGUUAGAAGCGUGUACGAUAUACCCUAAUUUGAGGCAGCAAAACAAAAAUGACCCGGCAGCUAAGCAGUUGGUAGAUUUGCUCGAGAAACAUGGAGUAGAAUUAAUAGGUUUGGGAAAUGGUACAGCGUGUCGGGAAACAGAGACAUGGUUGAAGAGCCAUCACAUAUCUGAUGGUAUACCAAUCAUCAUUGUACCGGAGCAGGGGGCAUCUAUAUACUCCAUUAGUAAGGAAGCUCAGAAGGAACAUCCAAACAUGGAUCCGAACUUGAUAUCAGCUUUAUCGAUUGCAAGGAGAGUACUUGAUCCUUUAGGAGAACUUAUUAAGGUUGAUCCAAAGAACCUUGGCGUAGGUUUGUACCAACACGACAUACCUCCGAAAAUGUUAGAAGCGGCCUUAGACAGUGCCGUUGAAAAGGUCGUUAGUUUGGUGGGAGUCGAUAUAAACACCGCUUCUCAAGCUAUGCUUAGGCGAAUAUCCGGCCUAAAUGACGGUAGAGCGAAAAAAAUUAUAUCUUACAGAGAAGAAAAUGGUUCUUUCAUUACACGUGCUGAAAUUUUAAAAGUAUCCGGCAUUGGAAAGAUUACUUACCAGCAAUGUGUUGGUUUUUUAAAGAUCGUCGGUGGAAAAGAACCCUUGGAUAGCACUAUUAUCCAUCCAGAAAGCUAUGGAGUGGCUAAAUUAUUUGCUAAAAAAAUCGGUGUGGAUAUAAAACAUUUGACUCGACCGAAUUUCCCGGAUUUAGUAGAGAGAAAAAUUUUGACAAUUGACAUUACAUCACUCAGCAAGGACUUGGCCACAGAUGUCAGUACACUGGAGUUAAUUGUCACCGCUUUUAAACAAAAAUCCUACGAAGACAAUGUUAUUACAUUCUGUAGACCUGUGUACUCUGUGUCAGUGCAAAGUAACGAACAGUUGGUUACGGGGACGUCUUUGACAGGUGUAGUACGAAAUGUGGUACCGUUCGGCUGUUUUGUGGACUGUGGUGUCGGCGAUAACGGCUUAAUACAUAAGAGUCAACUAGGAAAUUAUUCUCCCAAAUUGGGCGAUAGAGUGGCUGUCACCGUUAUAAACACGCCGGAACCGAAGAAAUUACAAUUAAAAUUGGAUAAAAUACUUGAUUGACUGUGAUUUUUGCUGUGAUAUUAAAUAUACGUGUUUACAUUGA